UGCUGGCAAUGUGCAAGGGUGUGUUCUAACGUGAGAGCUCGAUAAUUUCAACAGGACUAUUCUGAAUGUUCGGGAGAUAUAUCAUAACUUUGGAAAAGGGUCGAAUUUAAUGGAAAUGCUCUUCGAAUUUCGUUUUAGUUGGUGUUGGAAAUUUAUGGAUGAGAAUUUGAAAAGUGAGAUCAAAUAAGUUCAGUGUUAUGGAUACUUCGGAUAGGAUGUCUUGGGAAAGUUUGAAUAGUAAUCAUGAAUAUUUGAGAUAUGAAGGGGUCGGUCAUCAAUUAUCAGCAACCCGCCUACUUUCAUCUCCCGAUGGCUCAAGACAUCCUCUGGAUGAACGAGAUAUUUCAUGGCCUUGGAACAAUUCGUAUUCGAGCCUUCAUAGAGAGAGUUACAUGGAAGUUCGAACUUCAAGACCUCCAUCUUUAUCUAUUGGUUGUUUUAGAUUAUGCAGUAAUAAAAUACACCAAGGCAUUGCUAAAAGAAAAAUGGAACAAGGACUUAAAUUAUAUAAUCAACACAAGCAGCAGCAAGCAGUAAGAAAAUGGAAAUCAGCCAUCAAUGUCAUCAAGAAAAGAGAAGACAAAUUUGUUCUUUUAGGAUAUUUGUAUCAAGCCUACAUGGACUGGGGUAAAUACAGAGAUGCAUUGGAAUAUGCACAUCAACAGCUGUAUAUAUCUGAGGAACUAGACAAUCCCAACAUGAGAGCAGAAUCUUAUCUGAAUCUAGCGAGAUCACAUCAACGCUUAGGUGGUCUAGAAAGAGCACUAGCCUAUGCACGACAUUCCUUAUAUAAUGAAUGCGAACAGUGUUCAACUUCUGGUCAUGUUCAUUUGACUGUGGGCUCGGUGUAUCUUGAAUUGGCAGGCUUCCACAAGGCGUUAGAGAGUAUGCAACAAGCUCAUAGAAUUGCGCAGGCAAUUCAUGAUCCUGCCUUAGAAUUGCAGGUAUAUAUCGCUUUGUCUGAAUUAUUCAGUCGCCUACAAGAUGCAGACAAAAGUGCGAAAUAUGCUUCAAAGGCCUAUGACUUAUCGAGAUCCCUUCAACUUGGAGAUCUAAACUCUAGACACCAUCGAGCUGCUCUUCUGCAGAUGGCGACAUCCUUGAGGAAACAAGGUGAACUUGGCGAUGCCCAAGAUUAUUGCUCGGAAGCGAAUAGAUUAGCCCUAGUUUCUGGUGAUCAAGCCUCUCAUGCAAGGAGUAUAAGGAUAAUGGGAGAUAUUUAUCGGAAAAAAUAUGAAAUAAAUAAAGCCUUCAGGCAAUAUAAAACAGCUAUGGGAUCAGCAGCCGCGCUAGGCGAUAGGGUUAUUCAGAUGGAAUCAAUGGAUGGCGCGGCAAGAUGUUUAGAAGCUUUGAGAUUGCAACACAAAAUCUGUAACUGCCGACCUUUAGAAUUCAAUACCAGACUGCUAGAAGUUGCUAGUUCUGUAGGUGCUAAGAUGUUGGUGCGGACUGUAAGAAUGCGACUGUCAAGAAUUUAUUCUUCUCUCGGCGAUGAGGAGCAGAAAAUACACCACGAAAGAGUAGCAUCAAGACUGCAAAUAGAUUUAGAGCUCAUUUGUGGAGCAUGUGGAGAAUGUUAUGGGUCAGAUCCAGAUGCGCUGGAAGCUCUUCCCUGUGCGCAUGUAUUGCAUGCAAGAAACUAUUUGUAGGAGCAUAAUCAUAUUUGGAAUGUGAAGACAUUAUGCCGAUGUAAUUGAACAUCUGCUCUGAUGAAGCUUGAUUCCGACCCGGAAUCUAAUAGAAUUCGGAUAUUUUGCCGAUUUGAUUCAUUAUCCACAAUAUGAGCAAUUGCUGUAGGGAGGAGUACGGGUGAGUUUGACUUAUUCGCUGACAACGCAUAUGAUAGCGCGUUGUUUGAAUUUGAAGACGACGAAUUAUUGGUAUUGGGCGUUUUUACGUUUACUAGAUCAGAAUGAAUUAGUGUAUGGUGUCUGCCAUUGCAUUUUUUGCAAUUUGAAGAUCUGCAUUGUUCAUUGAAGUGACCUGGACGUAGACAAUUCAUACAUAAUUUUAAUUCUUUGAUCUGCUCUUUUCUUUCGUCCACAGAAAGUUUCGCAUGUUUGACUGUAGUGACUCUGCGCAAAAAACACAUUUCGGUUUGUUUUCUGCGCCAUUGGUAUAAAAGCCUCUUGUAGUAUUGUGCCUUUGAUAUUUUUUAUCAGUAUGCUUUUCUGUAUGAUUUGUUUCUAUCGUUUCAAGAAAAUGUGCUCUUGACUUGAGGAAUUUUUUCAGAUCGUCCCAAGUUGGAACAUCCUUGUCAGCCCUAAAUUUUUUCCACUCGCAUACCGUUACUGAAUCUAGUUUGGUUUGUAUAAGAAAAACUAUUAAAGUGCUCCAAUGACAUGUAGGCUGGUUUAGUUGUUCGAGAGAUCGAAGAUUUUUCGAAACUGUAUCUAAAAGCUUACGUAAAUUUUCACCCGAUUCCUUCGUGAUAGUUUCAAAGUAAAAGAUAGACUUUAUAUGGUUGUGUACGAGUAAUCGUUUGUUAUCGUACCAUUCUUGCAAGCUAUUUCACGCCACUGAAUAAUUUGUAGCAGAGAAAUCUUACCUGUACCGCGCUUGCUUCCAGAGAUACCCGAAGAUAAUAAAAUUAUUGAAUUUCAUUUAUGGCUUGAUUUUUCUCUAUCAGAGAUUCGAAUGUAUCACGAAACUCUAACCAGUUUUGGUAAUUACCUUCGAAUUUCGGUAGCUCAAUAGUUGGAAGCUUGAUCGAAUUUGAAUAAUUAUUAGUAUUGUUGUGAAUUGAGAUAGAACUUGUGUUUUCUUCGGAUUCUUUUUUAUCUAGAAUUGACUUAGCAAACGCCUUUUGCAUGUGAUACUUGUUUGUGAAAGAUUCUCUUUCUGAAAAAUUGACUUCCUCAUCGGCCGAUGCAUUCUCAAUUAGAUUCUGAACUUAUUCAAAUUCCUCAAGAACGUUAUCAAAUUUCAAAAGCCUUUCUAAAAUUUGUAUGUAAUCAGUGCUAAGUAAUUCCGUUUUUGACUUGAUUUGGUUCAAGAAAUUCGUGAAUAUCGUUAGUUUCGAUUUAAUAACACCGUGAUUUCUUUUAAGAGUUCCUAAAUUCAUUGUGGAAUGUG